AUCUCUUCCGCUUAAACCGUACGCCAACACCAAUAACGCGACCGUCUUCUGCGCCGCCAUGGCCGCCGCGAAGCACCUCUCCCUCCUACGCCGCGCCAUCCCAGCCGGCCGCUUCCUCUCCACCGCCACCGCCGCCGUCGUUGAUCCCCCUCCACCCAUGGUGGUGGAGGACGACGUUAUCUCGAUGAAGGGCGUCCGCAUCUCCGGCCGCCCCCUCUACCUCGACAUGCAGGCCACCUCCCCUGUCGACCCCCGUGUCCUCGAUGCCAUGCUCCCCUUCUACCUCUCCCGCUACGGUAACCCCCACUCCCGCACCCACUUCUACGGCUGGGAGUCCGAUGCCGCCGUCGAGACCGCUCGCGCCCAGGUCGCUGCCCUAGUCGGCGCCAAUCCGAAGGAGAUCUUCUUUACCUCCGGCGCCACCGAGUCGAACAACAUCUCCGUCAAGGGCGUCAUGCACUUCUACCGCGACAAGAAGCGCCAUGUCGUCACCACCCAGACCGAGCACAAGUGCGUCCUCGACUCCUGCCGCCACCUCCAGCAAGAGGGCUUCGAUGUCACCUACCUCCCCGUCCGCCCCGACGGCCUUGUCGACCUCGACCGCCUCGCUGCCUCCAUUCGCCCCGAUACCGGCCUCGUCUCCGUCAUGGCCGUCAACAACGAGAUCGGCGUCGUCCAGCCCCUCGAGGAAAUCGGCCGUAUCUGCAAGGAAAAAGGCGUCCCCUUUCACACCGACGCCGCCCAGGCGCUCGGCAAAAUUCCUGUUGAUGUGGAGAAGAUGGGGAUUGGGCUCAUGUCCCUCAGCGGGCACAAGAUAUACGGGCCGAAGGGCGUCGGGGCGCUCUACCUCCGCCGCCGCCCCCGGGUCCGAGUCGAGCCCCAGAUGAGCGGCGGCGGCCAGGAGCGCGGCAUCCGGAGCGGCACCGUCCCGACGCCACUCGUCGUCGGGAUGGGCGCCGCCUGCGAGAUCGCCAUGAAGGAGAUGGAAUACGAUGGCCGCCGCAUCGCCGCUCUCCAGGAGCGGCUGCUCAACGGAAUCCGGUCGAGGCUCGAUGGCGUGGUCAUCAACGGUAGCGUCGAGCAUCGGUACGCGGGGAAUUUGAACCUCUCGUUCGCGUACGUGGAGGGGGAGAGCCUGCUGAUGGGGCUGAAGGAGGUGGCGGUGUCAAGCGGGAGCGCGUGUACCAGCGCCAGCCUCGAGCCGUCCUACGUGCUAAGGGCGCUCGGGGUGGACGAGGACAUGGCGCACACCUCGAUCCGGUUCGGAAUUGGGAGGUUCACUACGGAGGCCGAGAUCGACCGGGCGAUAGAGCUUACUGUGAACCAAGUAGAGAAGCUGAGGGAGAUGAGCCCUCUAUACGAGAUGGUCAAGGAAGGGAUCGAUAUCAAGAGCAUCCAAUGGGCACAACACUGAGAGCAGGGGAUUGGAUUGGAUGUGGUAUGGAUAUGAUUGCAGAUAGUAGGAAGGAGGAGGAGAAGAAGAAAGAAGAGUGCAAGGCUUUAGAGCUCUGGAGCUAAUGGAGUGUGGCCUCUCUCUGUGCAUCAAGGUUCUCCAAUUCCUCUUCUUUGUCUUGGUUUAGUGUGAAUAUCUGUGUAUUGGAAUGACUACUUCAGACAAAUCCCUUUGCAUUCGUAUGAUAGUCUUCUCUUUUUAUCCUACCAUUGCAUGAAAAACCCUAAUUUUGGAGUGAGAGGACUGCAGAUGUAUAAUGUUUAUUAAGUAGUAGUAAUAAAAGUCUUGGGAUGGUAUGUUUAAUCUGUACUAUGGAAUGAUUAUGCAAGGGCAUGUGUAUGUUCAAAUGCUUGGAUGAGGGCAUUGGCAGUAUGUUCUGCUUCUCUUUUUGAUGGAAAUGAAAUGCUUGAUUCA